GUUGGUCAUCCUGGCGGCUAGCUAGCUAUCGCCCAUCGCCCAGUUAUUGCUCAGCUUUCAGUCGGUAACGAUCAUCUAUACGCGCUCUCCCAUUCUCUCUGCCGAUUUCCCGGGUUAUGGCUCACUGUUGAGAGCAAUGUGCUGUUGUUAUUGUUGUUGCUGUCUGUCGCUGUUGUUGCAUCUGAAAUUUGUCUUUGUCUGUCAUGUUUCGUCAUAAUGCGGAAAGUUCCUUUUGCUUCAUCAAUCGUCUCAAUGGAAAUGGAAAUCUCAAUGAUGAACUCCAGCAGCAGGGCGAACACGAGCCAACAUCAGCUAUUUUGGAUUAUUGCAAACGCAAGUUCCUGCGUCCCUAUGUGGCCAUAUUGAGCCUGGUGGGUCUGAACCCCAUAUCGACGGACAUGAGUAAUGUGCGUGCCUGUUGCAGCUACGUUCAGGCGUUGAUGGUAUUCUUUGCCCUUCUCCUGGGCUAUGUUUUGCGCUACAUUUGCGGUUAUAGGGGCGAUCGUGGUUUCAACAGCUACAGGGAUAUUCAUCCAGCUACAGCAAAUAGUACAGAUGGAGGCGGCGGCGCUUUCUCACCCAAUACCAUAGGCGAACUAUUGUUUGGCUAUGUGGUGCCAAGUGGUUUGAAUCUUUUGGGUUUCGUAUCGGCUGUCCUGGUCUGUAAAGUGAUCGAUCACGAGCAAUUGCAGAAUCUCAUUGAACGUGUCUUUCUGAUGUCGGCCAAGCCGAAACGCUUAUGUCGCAUGCUUUGGUUGUUCCUGGGAUUGGCCUUGACCCUGCUGCUGUUGCUUUUUGCCUAUGCCUGCUGUGUGGUGAUUAUGCAGCCGGAGAAAAUCAUUAAAAUCGCUUGGUUAGCCGAGCUCCUACGUAAUUGGGAGCUGUGCCUGAGAGUCGCUUUGCUUUGCACUGUACUCCUGCAGGAUAUGGUCGAGAUUAUCAUCUUGAGUAGCUAUUACAUUGAGUGCUAUUUGCUGCGAGUUCAUUUGGAGAGUUUGUCACAUAAAUUGCUAAUGCACUCCAUUGAUUCUUUGGACUGGAUGCGUGAAGUAUUGGAAUUCCGCAAAUUGCUGGAACGCCUCAAUCAACAUGUGGCCAUACCCGUGUGUUUUCUAAUUGUAAUGAAUCUGUCAUACGCAUUUGCCGGUUUGGUCUAUCUCUUCAAGGAUUUCGAUUUCCAUUACUGUGCCCUCAAGUUGGUCCUUUUGAAUAUUGCCAAUGUCAUGCUGUGGCUCUUUUUGGGUCUUUUGCCAUUCUUUGUGGCCUCAUCGGUGACCCGUGUUUGUCAGAAUGCUCAGGCCAAUGGCCAUCAGAUUAGAGUACGUCCAUUUGUCUAUCAUAAUACCUCAGCAGAAGAUCUCAAUUCGACGCUAAUGUUUGCCUCAUCGUUGGACAUGUCGGCAAAACUCUUCCGUAUGCCCAUCCAAACAAAUUAUCUGUGUUUUGCCAUACUUGUGAUUAGCAUAGUGAUACUCACAUUGGGCAUGUGCUUAAAUCUCACAGCUCUGGGAAAGAUCUAAAUAAUGCGUACAUUAGUAACAUGUAUUAAUAAAUAUUUCUAUAUAUGUAAAUGAAAUAUUUAUCUCGAAUAAACAAUUUUCCAUAACCA